CCGAAGGCAGACACAUUGCUCCAGCCUCCUUCCAGCCAUCUCCAGCCCAACAGGAGAGGGGGCUGUAAAUUUCCUUAGGGCUGGACAGAUGAAACCUUAUAUACUCUCUGGUGUGGAGAAUAGGAAGAAUCACUGCCAGUUAUUUUCCAACAGAACUUCUAUGGCUCAUACAACAGAGCAGCAAUGGCAAUUUGGUGGACUUCUGCGCUGGUCCUGAAUAUAGCUCUCACUCCACACUCACAGACAACCAGAUGGAUGAUAAUAGAAGGAUUCAAAUGCUGGCAGACACCGUGGCCACUUUACCUCGGGGACGAAAGCAGCUUGCUUUGAUGAGAUCAAGUUCUUUAGGUGACUUUUCCUGUUCUCCAAGGAAACUUGUUUCUGUGGAAAAGCAGGAUAAUGGGACAUUUGGCUUUGAAAUUCAGACAUGCAGGUUCCAGACCCAAAACCCCUGCUCCUCAGAGACAUGUACUCUGAUCUGCAAGAUCCAUGAAUGUAGUCCAGCACACCAUGCAGGCCUGAAAGCUGGUGAUGUCCUUGCAAAUAUCAAUGGUGUGAGCACAGAAGGCUUUACCCACAAGCAAGUUGUUGACCUGAUCAGAUCAUCAGGAAACCUGCUAACGAUAGAGACUCUUAAUGGAACAACAAUUCUCAAAAGAGCAGAGCUUGAAGUCAAGCUGCAAAAUUUAAAGCAAACCUUGAAGAAAAAAUGGGUGGAGUACAGAUCUCUGCACUUACAGGAACAGCGCCUGCUUCAUGGUGAUGCAGCUAACUUCCCAAGCUUGGAAAACAUGGAAAUAGAUGAAUCGACUUUGUUUGGAAAUCUACCUGGGCCAACCUCAGCCUUCCUGGACCGGCAUAGCUUAUCCAGUGAGAGCAGCUGCAGAAGCUGUCUCAGCUCCAUGACAAUAGACAGUGAGGACAGCUACCAGACAUGUGUGUCUGAGGACUCCAAUAGGGGAGCAUUUAGCCGCCAGGCAAGCACGGAUGACGACUGUUUCGUCCCCAAGGAUGUGGAUGAUGUUCUGAGGAGGUCUUCUUCGAGGAGAAACCGGAGCAUUAGUACGGCCAGCAGCGGAUCCAUGUCCCCAUUAUGGGAGGGCAGCUUCUCCAGCAUGUUUGGGACCCUGCCACGGAAAGGCAAACGAGGAAGUGUGAGGAAGCAGCUCUUGAAAUUUAUCCCCGGUCUUCACCAUGCAGUGGAAGAGGAAGAAAGUCGCUUUUAAUAGCUUCUAGUGUCUUUUGUGUUAGUUUAUUUCACAAACGUUGCCAGAUUCAGUUAGAUCAGCUCUGUCUAGCUUAGUGGCAUUUCAGAUAGAUUUCAAAACUGACCUGCUAUUUCAUCAUAACAGUGACCUUUAUUAAAAUUUGUUACCAUUAAUUUUUUUUAAAAAAUCAUUUUCCAACUAGAUAAACUCCAGUUCUAAGCUGACAUCAGGAGAAGUAAGUAAUGAGUUUAAACA